AUGGACGUGAGGAGACAGCGGCGUAAUGAGGAUUCGAUUGCUUCGCGCCUUCAAGGGGAAAAGCUUGCGGAUUUCGACGUUACUCAUAAAUAUUUCGUGCCUAAACAUGACCUCUAUUGCCAUUUUCUAUCUGUGUACGAUACACUUCCCAGCGUGAAAGGUAAGAGAUUGAAGUCGUGUAAUUUUUGGCCACUGGUUCUUUUAAAAAUAAGUUUUAACGAUAAAAUAGUGAAAGAUACGUCGAUUUUCUUUUUGGAAACGUCUUGUAAUUCUUAUAAUCGAGGAAAAAUCUUAAUAAGGAGUCGGCAAGCAUGUGCUGUUGAAAGUGCAGCUAGAAUGAACCCAAAUAAAACGGUUUAUCUACUUUAUGCAUCCCCUGGUAUGUUUCGAGAUGACCAUACCCAAUCGGAUGAACUAAUCAAGAACUUAAUGGCUUACCCUAAUAUAAAAUUGCAAUAUCUCAAUAUGAAAAAGUUCGUUCAAGGAACGCCAGUUGAAAAGCUCUGGACUAGCGAGAAAAUAUAUCGUUCAAAAUAUAUUUUACCGCAUAUGAGUGACAUUUUAAGAUAUUUAACUCUAUGGAAAUAUGGAGGAAUAUACAUUGAUCUCGACGUGAUAGUAACGAAAAACUUGGACUCUCUGGAGCAAAACUUUGCUGGUGCGGAAGACUCAAAUUACAUAGCCAGUGGCGUGAUGGGAUUUAGCAGUAAAGGGAUAGGACAUCAGUAUGUUAACUCUUGCGUUCAUGACUUGGCUGAAAACUUUGACGGGGAUGCGUGGAGUGCAAAUGGGCCUUUGGUUGUCACGAAUUUAGGCAACAGAUUAUGCAAUGCAGACUUUAAGGACUUUAUCGGCCAGUCCUGCCAAGAUUUCCACAUAUAUCCACCAGAAGCUUUUUAUGCCAUUCCGUUCCAUACGUGGGAACAGUUUUUCAACAAUAGCGAACUCGCCAACGUUAAGGAAAAAACGCAAGACAGUUAUCUCAUACACGUAUGGAAUAAACUCAGUUACCACGCGAAAAUUCCUAUUGACGACGAUGUACCUUAUUUGGACUUUGCCAGAAAGUACUGUCCGGGAACAGUUCGGCAUUUAAAGAGAUAUUUUUAAUGAAAUUUUGUUUUAAUUUUAUUGAUUUGAUUUAUGGUAAAGUAUUUGUUUACAAAAAAACUGAGGAUAAAUACAGAAAUGAUCUGCACUGUUAAUGAAAAUAUUUAUUGUGUAUAACUUGUG